AUGAGCGACAUGUCCCGUCUUGAUCCUCGUAGGCUCAGUAGUCCAGCGCGCCGGGCCAUCGCCGGGCUCGCAGUAGAGAUACCCCUGGAGCACCGUGGCGUGAUGGCUAUCCGCUUCCUUCUUUUUAUAGCCCUCUUUAUCUUUGGCUUCACAUAUGCCAGCGCACAGCCAAGAGUCUAUCACGACAUUCUCAUCUGGAAGCACAAUGCCACCCCGCCUCACACUGUCUAUAUAUACCGCAACACAACAUCGUGGGCAGAUAGCAGGGGUUCCAGCAGUGGUAUUGCAGACGGUGGUGAUGAUGAUGAUACGACUCUGUUCGGAAGCUUUCUGUGGAAUAAGACAAGAUCUCCAGGAUCGGGGGCACGUAUUUGCAAUGAUACCCGUUUCGCAAAUGCAGAGUACGGGAUUGCGUGCGAUGGUACCAGCUGGUCGCAGGCGAACAGGAUUGGAUUUGAGGAUUCGUUGGGGUUCAGAAGGGAGGGUGAGAAGAAGGCAUUAGCCUUCCUAUCUCUAGGCAUCCUUCCGCUAGCAUGGCUACCCUCAGGAAGGCUUGCAGGAAAGGAAGGACCUCCCGAGAAAUGGAGCUACAACAUAACCGACCAACUACUGAGCAACCGCCCAGACCUGAAAACAGGUACCGUGAUGGGCUGGCUAUGCUUUAUCGCAUUUGGCGCCCUGAUUGCGCUCAACAUGAUACUCAUCGACGACCUAAACAUGUUUGCCAAGAUCAUAGAGAGAACACAGAGCCAGACACAGGGGCGCACUCUCCAUGACGAUAUAGUCGAGCGUGUCUCCGAGUUUGGAGCAGUCGGUAAUACCGGCAACUACUACCUGCAGCGCCCUGCUGCCGCUACGCCGCGAAGAAGGGCUUCGGGGGGUAACUGUGUUUAA